GUACAACAUCCGGUUGAUAUCGAACGCUCUCACGGUGUUUUUUUUACAGAAAUUCUUGCAAAGAUGACGCUGCUGAAAGAGUUGCAAGUUGAGGACAAUAUUCUAUUACAAAUUAAUUUCCUGAAAUAUGCUAUAGUUACAGUUUCAUUGCCUGCUAUAUCUUUACUUUGGUGCUUCGUAACGGGAAUUAUUUUCCAGUUCGACCAAGUGAAUGAAACUGUUUGUAAGGCUCAAAAUAUUGUUCCCUCUAUCAGUGCUGUAACAGGUAUCACACCUGGGGCCUAUGUAUGGCGGAUAUGCAUAGCUAUACACUGUACACCAAGAUUUGCAGUUGGAUUUGUCCAUUACAAUCAUUAUAAAAAGAGAGCUGAAUCUAUAAGUGAAAAAUACAGAGGGCUUUACUUGAAGCUAAUUAGCCUUAAUUUCUGGAUUUACCAAAUAGAAAAUUCAUGUUUGGUAGCUGUCACCUAUAUUUCCAAUAAGGAAAAUUAUCCUGUUCACGAGAAGAUAUUUGUAGUGUUUAUGAUCAGCUGUUGUUGUUACAUGUUAUUGAACACAAUAAUCUUCAAAUGGUCAAGGUCAAAUCCAAUGACAGAAAGGGAACUAUUCUCCUACAAGAUAAAGAAGUAUAUGUGGGUGUUGAUUAUGGUAUCUACAGCUGGUUUGAUCUAUAGUUUUAUACUACACAGGUUCUAUUGUGUACCAUUUGCCUUUAGUUUUUUCUCAGCUUGUGAGUACUUUAUAGCAUAUUCCAACAUGGCAUACCAUGUCAGCGCUUAUUUAGAAUUCUCGGACCUGAGUGUAGUUUAUGGCCGUCUUCAUACAGUUCAAAUUCCAAACAAUACAAAUGGUACUUCUAUAGGAAAUGGAGAGACUAAGUCGAUAAGGCGUUUACGUUCCAGGGAAAAGGGAGAAAAAGUCCAUUGAUGAUAGGCCAUGGUCUUAUGGUUAAAGGAUAGAUUUCAUUUGUAUAAAUGAUAGUACAAUGUACACAUUUUUCUAAUGCUAGAACAUAUCUUCAUUAUAUGACUUCUCUAAUUUCAGUGGUACAUAUAGUUCAAUGUAAAUUAAAACUUUUUGUUUGAGCAAAACUGUGAUAAAAAGGAAUAUGUCAGUAAACAAUGGUAGUUUUGUUUAAUAUGAGUAAACUUAUAAUCAGACAAGAGGAUGAGAGGAUAAAGAUCUAAAAUCCACUAUUUUUAGUAAGUUUUAAGAUGAGUUGAUCACUAUAGUGUCUUAUUUAGUGUCUACAAUAUUGAAAAUUUUCUAUUUUUAAAAAGCUUUGUUCAAAGAGUUCCUAUAUAAUGAUUUUAAAUUUUUGAUUUUUGUCCAUAUUGUAUUUUGUAUUGUGUUCAAUGCCACUGUUAAAAAUUAUUUCAAAGAUACUUGGAGAGAAACUUAAAGUAUUGUACUGUUGAUUCUUUUAUUAUGGGGAUUAAGCAUAUUAGGAGAAACUUGUGUUUUGUUGUUUUGACAUACAAGCCUAUAGGAAAUUUGUGGUUUGUUAAAUCUUCUAAAUAAUAGUUUACUAAUAUACACACCAAAUCUCAGAAUGUUAAAGUAUAAUUUAUAAAUUCACAGUAGUUUAUUUAUUUUAGAUUACUUCCCUUUAGGAAACUCUUUUGGUAUAUGCUACCAUAUAAUUAUAGAUUCUACUAAAGAAUGGGUGAAAAAUAAUGUUUACUUGUGAAGGUUAAAUUUUUAUAUUUCAAACCAGUCUUUUGUGGUGGAACAGUGAAUUUAUUGAAAAGUUUAUGUUUAAAUAUGCUUGAAUACUAUCUCUUUUGUCAAGAGUUGUGAAGUAUAGCUCUGUCUAUUUAUUUAUUUUACAAAUCAUAUCAUUUUCUACUGCAAAUACAACAGCUAUCUUUUGUUUUCGUUUAUACAUGUACCGUAGUUAUUUUAUUGCCUGUUACAAUGUUGUAAUGGGGCGAAUUAUGUAAAUUCUCAUUAUAUUUUCAACAAGAUUUUCAGAGUUGAAAAGGAGUGCUGUAUAUUCAGAAAUUUUUGCAUGCAUUUAUAAUUGUGAUUUUUGAAGAUUUAAUGAAAAUGUUAGUCUAAUUAUUGUUAUUUAGGAAAAGCUAGGUACAGAUAUGUGUAUUUAAUAUCAGAAUCUGAAUUCUUAUUAUUGGGAAAAAAACUAGCAACAACUUCUGAAUUAACAGUAUCUAGACUAUUUGAAUACAAAUGCAGAAGUUUAGUCUGUUGUUAUCAUUUUUUCAUCUUCAUUUAAAUGGAUUUCCAUUCAUGCUGUACUAAAUGUAUUAUACUAUAUUUUAUUAUAUAUAUUAUUUUUAUCAGUUAAAUUUUUGAUAUUAUUGUUUCACUUGUAUUAUAUUCAUUUAAAAUUCAUCAUGUAUUGAAUUCUAUGGGGUAAUUUUCUCAAAGUGUAUCUUAUUUUGUUGUAUUGCAACUUGAUGCAUUGAAGGCUUGUUUGAGAGUACUACUUUAUAGAAGCAAACAAAGCGUUGGAAUGCUGAAAUAACCUUGUUUUUGAAAACUUUAAGUUCCUGGUUAAUUUGUAAAUCUUUUUAUUUGAUUUCAUUUAAAUAUAAAUACAGAAAACUAAGUAGACAGACAAAUGAUUUUCAUAUCAAGAUUGUUUAAAUAUACUGUGUAAUCUUUACAAAAGUAAGCAUUCUUAUUUUUAAAGAAAUUUAUUCUCAAUAAGGGGAGACAAUUCUAACACAAUAUGAAAACUUUUCUAGUUGAGGAAAAUAAUUCAAUGUUAAACAAUGCAAAUGACAUCAAAAAGGUUUUCCUAAAUCAUUGCAUAUUCCAAGGCAGAUGAAAUAAAAUCUUCUUUCUUCAAAUUUUAUGUUAUUGCUGUACAAGAUAUACAUUUAUAGGAUCUUAAUUUUAAUUGUUAAUGCCCCUUGUUCUACUUUGUUGCUACUGAGAACAGGGACAUCUACAUGAAUGAAGUUUUAGAAGAUAUCAAAUUGAUUAUAUUAUUUAAAGAUAUAUAUAAAACUGAUAAAAUGUUGAGAAAAUUAAGAAAUUUACUAUUUGCAUGGGAAAAACAAUAAACAU